GUGCGCCUCUCGAGAGAGAAUGAAGCGUCGCUCGAUAUGUCUCAUCCUCGUCUUGGUUGUUACUUGUGCAGUGUUUGGCAAUGAUUUGGUGAGUGAAAACGAAGAGAUACCCGAAGGAGGACGUGGUCGUUCUGGAGGUUCAGGAGGUCCUAGAGGUCCUGGGGGUCCUGGGGGUCCUAAAGGAUUCGAAGGUCCUCCAAGCCCUAAAGGUCCUCCAGGUCCUGGAGGACCUGGAAGUCCUAGGAAUCCUAGAAGUCCUCAAGACCCUGGACGUCCUGGGAUGUUUGGACACCCUUCUGGUUCCGAGGGAUUUCAAGUUCCUGGAAACGUCGAAGGGUCGGAGUCAUUUGAAGGAUUAAAAGGUCCUGGGGGACUUCAACGCGGAGGUCGAAGGCGAUUUAGAUGUCCUGAGGACUCGAUUGGCCCGGAAGCUCCGGAAUACCCUGAAGAGUCCAUUAACUCCGGAGGAACUGGUGGAGUCGCAAAGUUUAGUCAGUCUGCACGUCGAAUGCAAAAUGUCGGCUGGCGACGUCAUCGAGGAAACUGGCGUGGGAGAUGCAGAAAUGAUACUUCAACUACUCCUCCAAGUGGGGGAGAAGAGCCAGCCGAGGAACUCCCAGAAGAGGCCGUAGACGAACAGCAAUAAAUAUAUUAUUACAUGUCUCUGUAGGGUUCCUCACCUUGAAGAGCCAAAUAAAUAGAUUCAGCAUGGCAAUGUUUGUUGUACUA